UUACUUCCCUUAUCAGCUACAAUUGAUUUACGUUUCACAACGCGAUUUUCAGUCAUUAAUAAAAAUAGUAUAGAAAAUGCAAGCACCGCCACCGGAACACUGUCCGGGCGUCGAGAGUGAACAGGCUGGCCGUGUGAGCGCCUGUGCCGGCUGUCCCAAUCAGAGCAUAUGCAGUGAUCCCACAAAGAAACUGGAGGAUCCCGGCAAAGCGCUUGUCGCCGCCGCCAUGAAGGAUGUCAAGCACAAACUGUUGAUACUCUCCGGCAAGGGUGGCGUCGGCAAGAGUACAGUGACAACGCUGCUGACACGCUACCUGGCACGCAGUUGUCCGGAUAACAAUUUUGGCGUGCUGGACAUCGAUAUCUGUGGACCAUCGCAGCCUCGACUGCUGGGCGCACUGGGCGAGAAUGUGCAUCAGUCGGGCUCGGGUUGGUCACCAGUGGGCAUCGAUGACAAUGUGUGUCUCAUGUCCAUUGGCUUUCUGCUCAGCUCCGUGGAUGAUGCGAUUAUUUGGCGUGGUCCCAAAAAGAACGGCAUGAUUCGACAAUUUCUCAGCGAGGUGGACUGGGGUAAUCUUGAUCUGCUACUGUUGGACACACCGCCCGGCACAUCGGAUGAGCAUCUGUCGGUAUGCACCUAUUUGCGGGAUGACUCGGCGCCAAAGGAUUCGUUGAGUGCCAUCAUUGUGACGACGCCGCAGGAAGUGGCCUUGUUGGAUGUGCGCAAGGAGAUCAACUUUUGUAGGAAACAGCGUAUACCCAUCUUGGGUGUCAUCGAGAACAUGAGCAGCUUUCGUUGUGGCCACUGCGGCAACAGUUCCGACAUCUUUCCAGCCAAGACGGGCGGCGCCGCCGCAAUGUGUGCCGAGAUGGAGGUGCCUCUGCUGGGCUCCCUGCCCCUCGAUCCGCGAGUGACACGCGCUUGCGAUGCGGGCGAGGAUAUUACAGCCAUGAAGAGUGAGACCACCGAUGCACUGGCCGCCAUUUGCUCCAAGAUCAUGUCCAGUUUUUAGUUUAAACUAUUUUUUUUAUUUUUAUCUUGAAUUGUGCUGUUAAUUAACAGGGUGUGCAUUGUUAUUUAGCGCGUAUGUGCUGUUAAUCAACAGGGUAUGUUGUACAUAUAAAGCUAAAAUUUAAAACAGA